AGGCCCCGCGUUGUUUCUCACUCGCAGAUUGCUGGAAGGAAGGAGAUGCGCCGCGCCUACGGAUGCUUUGCAACUCACAGACACCAAAGGCACCGGGGAAAUUUAUUACUUUAAGUAGCGAUCGGACCCAGAUGGCUUUUCACCAAGUGGAGCGUGGGCGAGAGGGGAUAGUGGUGAUGAUCACAUGCACGCGAUGGGCGGGCGCCGCAGAUUGUGAGCUGUGACCUUGUAAUUAUCUUCUCACUAUGCGAGUCACAAUGCGAAGCUUUCGUUAGGCCGAAAUAAGCUGGGAGGAGGGAUCGUAGCGAUCAUAACUUGACAUGUCAUGAGCGUCCAUCUCUGAUUUUCAAUCAAGUUCACGUGGCCAAGUAUCCACUGCGUAUCCUUGCACUGGAUCCGCAGCAAGAAACUUAUUACUUCCCUUUCGCUGGUCUGCGUAUGCUUGUGUCCAAUGGUUGAGUUCGUAAGUGUGCUUUUCUUUCAGUUGUUGCGAGGUGCGCAUUCGGAAUAGAGAAUUGGAUUGAACAAGUUUUGGAUUCGGAAGAGUUGGUCAGUAUGGCAGACGAGGAUUGCUUUGAGAGGUUAGACGUCGGGGGGAAGAAAUUUGUCACCACGGCGAGUACUCUUACCAAGAGAGACAUAGGCUCGGCCCUGGCUGUCAUGGCUAGCGAACUUCAGGAGAAGAGAAAGACUCAGGGCUAUGAAGCGAGAGAAAUGUUUUUAGAUCGGGAUGGAACGCACUUCAGGCACAUUCUGAAUUGGCUUCGUGAUGGCGCCAUCACUCCAGAGAUGGAAACGUCCAUUUACCACGAGCUUCUCCAAGAAGCAGAAUAUUACAGGCUGCCGGGUUUAGUGUACGCUAUCAAAUCGAUUCUGACUGAGAAACGUGAAGGCAACAGCACGCAGCCGAGAACGAGCAAAGUUGAGUGGAUUGAUGAGUUUACACCGCCCUUCAAGAAAGUUGACAACAGCAUUAACUUGGGAGAGGCUGAAAUGAGUCGCCGGGAUGUAAUCGAAUUGCUGCAUGGUCCACUGCGGUUGCAAGGAACGAAUCUUUCGGGUCUAAACCUGUCCGGUCUCAAUUUAAGUGGCGGAAAUUUUCGAAAUACCCGUCUCAUCAAUACUAAAUUCCCCUUUACCGACCUCGAAAAUGCAAACUUCGAAAGCUGUGAGGCAACUGGGGCUAAUUUCAGAAAAGCAAGACUUCUGAAUUGCGAUUUUUCAGGUGGGGAGAUGGUUGGGGCGGUGCUGGACGGUACGCAUUCAAAGAAUGCCAAGUUUGAUGAAGUACGCCUUGAGAAUGCAAGCUUUCGCGAGGCUAAUCUAAGUUGCGCGACAUUCGAUGGCGCUAACCUUUCCAAGACAAAUAUGUCGAGAUCAAGGUUGGUGGGAGCAUCGUUUAGAAAUGCCAACCUUACCGAAGCAAACUUGUCGCAUGCAGACUUGCAUGAAAAACAUGGCUACUGGGACGGUGGUCCAGCUAUUCUGACACAAGCAAGGCUCACUAGAGUGAACUUCUUUCGAGCAAAUCUGAAAAAUGUUAAUGUCAAGGACUCUGUAGACUACCGGAGUGCCAUCAAUUUGAGUACAGCGAUAGGCUAUACACCAGCCGGGUAGGCGGGCCAGCAGAAAACACUGAUAAAUUUAGAAAUAUCUUACCCAAGUUAAGCGCUGUUCAAACAGCCAGUCACCAUAGUAGUAACAGAACCAGAAUUACUAUUUCGAAUGUAAACUGGACCUCUGAAACCAACUAUGAAAGUUGCUCAUGCUACAUCGACGUUUCAGCCUCCAA